AUGAACCGGCUGGUGUACUUCCUGAUCACCUGGACCCUUGUCAACAACAUGGUGGAUGCCAUAAACCAUCGAGACAACAUUCCGGUCGAGAUCAGCACCAACCAAGGACGUCUUCUCGGCUACGAGUCCAUCUUCCUCCAUCGACGGGUCCGUUCCUUCCUCUCGGUUCCCUUCGCCGAACCUCCAGUUGGGGAUCUCAGGUUCAAACCGCCCCGUCACAAGAAGCCCUGGAAUGAGACCAGAAAGGCGAAUGUCCUCUCACCAGCUUGUGCUCAAGGUCGUGACACUUACAAUGAAACCUUCUGGGGAUCAGAAAUGUGGAAUGCAAACACACCCAUACAAGAAGAUUGCCUUUACAUGAACAUCUGGCUACCAGCAGAGUCUGCCCAGUAAGUUUGAGGCUUAAAAAAUAUCACUAGAUGUAGACAAACAAAUAACAAGCUUUAUUCCAGUAAUCUGACGGUCAUGGUCUGGCUGUUCGGUGGCGGAUUCUAUUCGGGAAGUCCCUCAUUAAUAUUGUAUGAUGGUAAAGCACUUGCUUUAACAGCAAACGUCAUCGUCGUAAACCUUAAUUACCGAGUGGGGCCAUUUGGGUAUUUGUACUUGGACCACGACGAUGCUCCUGGCAACAUGGGAAUGCUAGAUCAGGUAAGAUUUUCUGUAAUAUUUGCCUCGUACAUGCGCAUGUGUAUAUUUAAUGCCACCAAAUUUCAGCAAAUGGCGUUACAUUGGAUCAAGGAGAAUAUCCAUCAUUUUGGAGGUAACCCCAAUUCGAUUUGUUUGUUCGGAGAGAGUGCUGGUGCCUCAUCCAUAGUGGCACAUCUAAUAGCCCCAGGCUCCCGAUACAUAUUCAACAAUGGCAUUCUUCAGUCAGGUUCUCUAGACAACUCUUGGAGCGUGGAGACUCCAGAAAGAGCCCUCAACAAAAGCAUUCAGCUGGCCAAAUUGGUUGGCUGUGCUGGGCCCAGUACCCAGUACAUAUUGGACUGCCUCAAAUCCAAGCCGUUCAAUGAUUUGGUGGCUCAGAUGUGGAAUCUCGACUUAAAGUUCCUCGAAUUCCCAUUUGUGAUCGUCUCUAGGGAUCGGAACUUCUUCAGAGAGAAGGAUGCACUGAUCGCCUUGCACAAAAGAGACUUCCGACAGGAUGUUAAUCUAAUGAUCGGCAUCAACCAUGAUGAAGGGAAUUACUGGAACAUCUACAACCUCGCCAAGUACUUUGACGUCCAAGAACAACCCCAAUUAAGCCUGAAUGAAUUCCAAGAAUGCGUUCAGAUAGCCUUCAAAAGUUUGCCGGAAGUGGUCAGAGAUGCGGUGACAUACGCAUACCUGGGCGAAAACAGAUGUGAAUACCAGAAUGGGAAACACAGACAUCUCGCGGAGCAAGUAAAUCAGAUGGUCGGGGAUUACUUCUUCACUUGUGACAGUAUCUGGCUAGCGGAUCAACUGGCACAAGGCCCUGGGAAUGUCUACAUUUACUACUUUGACCAACAUUCCAGGUAUGAUUGCGAGAUUUUGCGUGAAUAAGAUUUCAGCGCCAAUCCCUGGCCUUCGUGGACGGGUGUGAUGCACGGUUAUGAGAUCGAGUACGUGUUUGGGGUUCCCAUCUACAACACCACAGCUGGCUAUACGAACCGAGAGCGAAUCCUGAGCCAGAAAAUGAUUCAAUUCUGGUCAUCGUUUGCACAGACCGGGUAUGCAAUUUGAUUUGCAAUUAGACGGGCGUGUCAUUCGGACGCCUUCUUGCUGCAAGUACUCUUCCAGCUUUUUUUGGUCUACAAUUCUUAUUUCAAACAUUUCACGUGCUGUUGGCACACGUCCUUUUACUUAUUUAACCAUAUCAAUCCUUGAAAUGGACUAAUCAAAGUCCACAAAGUUCGUCUACCGUCUUCUGAAUGCAUUCAAAAAACUUCGACUUCCUCUUGUUAUAUUAUAUAUGUCCGUUGCAGGGUUCCGACUCUUCGAACGAACAAAGAGACAGAGGAAUGGCCACGAUACAACCCGAUUAACAACAAGAGAUGGAUGCAUCUCAAGGGCGGAUCCCAUAUUAGGCCAAUCCCCGCCAGCAAAGAGCGGGAGUGCAAAUUGUGGAGAACGGAACGAGAACUGUCUUACCAUAAAUAUUGUAAGUUGAGACCUCGAAACAGAUCGUAUUUCAUGGACAACAAUAGUAACAUUAAAUUACAGUAAUCCCACUGAUCUCUGGAACCGUCCACUUCUCAACUUCAAGCCCGUUCGUUGUGAUUUCAACCCUGAUCCUUCUGAUCUUUCGAGUAUGA